AUGCCGCAAAAAAUCAGAGGAAUCAUCUCGAUGAAUUUUGUUUAUCCAUACAAAUCCAAAAAUGUUUCGGAAACCAAAAUGAUUGGAAAUUUACCAUGGUAAGUUAAAUAUUUUUUUUUUUUGAAACCCAGAUCUUUGCAGGUAUAUUUCCCAUAACUUCCAAACCAUAUCUGGCCAAGAUUAUUUGUCAAUUUAUCUAUCUUGCAAGAAUUCAAGUCACCUUUGGUCCUGCAAUGCUCAAGUUGAGAUUCGCCUUCUUCCACGCGAGCAAAAACCGGGUUUGGUCAAAACAUUCGAACACGUUUACAAUGCGAAAUUGAAGGGCUACGGUUUUCGGCAGUUUGUGGCGAAAAGCGAGUUGCAGCCAAUGGUGGUGUCGUCUGGAACUUAUGAAACGCAUACGAUUGAGGUCUCGAUUGUUCUGAGUAAUGUUCGAGGAGUUUUGAAUGUUCAGUCGAUUGAUUUUUCGGAAGAUCAGGGGGAGCAUGUGGGUUUGGGGAGGGGGGGGGGGGGGCACGACCAUACAAGGCGCCCGUUGAGUCAGACGCGAGACGACGAGAGUAUUUUGCAAAACUAUCCCUAAAAUUAAUUUCGCUUCGAGAUAUUAACAAUAAAACAUGUGUUCCUUGAAACAAAAUACGGUAUUUUUUCAAAGGGACACAUAUUUUCUCAAAAAUAUCUCGAAGCGAUGUCUUUCUCUGUCUUAGAUGACGUCAGCAGACACGAUUCCGUUGUGAAAAAUUUUUAAAAAUCAGUUUCUAACAUGACGUGGCAAAUUAGAAACUUUUCCACGUCAUAACUCAUGUGGAGCUGUGUGGACAUCACUGCAAAAAUUUGAAAUCUAUUUUUGCAGAACUACUUUUCCGAUGAUCAUCUGAGCAAUAUAACAUUCAUCUUCAAAGAAAACGAAGUCACUCAAAAACUCUACGCCAACAAAACCUACCUUGCCCUCCAUUCUCCAGUCUUCCGCGCAAUGUUCUCCUCCAAUUUCACCGAACAAAAUGCCGAGCAAAUUGUGCUCGCCGACAAUUUCGACGAAUUCCACGAAUUGCUCCACGUCAUCUAUCCCACACGAAAAUCGAUAACCGAAGAGAAUGUGGAGAGUUUGAUACGAUUGGCCGAUAAAUAUCGCAUUGCUCAGGUUAUGUUGGAGUGUGAGAGGUUUUUGAUUGAGUCGCAAAAGGUGGGGGUUGUUCGCAAAUUGAUUAUCUCGGAUGAUUUGGGUUUGGCUAAACUGCAGGUGAGAAAAACGCCACGUCAUAACUCGGAUUAUUUUUUUUUUUUUGCAGGACUAUGUUUUGCAAAAUCUCGUGCAAAUUGAGCAACUCACGGCACUUCGUGAAACUGAAGACUACGAAAAAUUGAGCGAAGCUGUCAAAUUGGAAUUGCUUGAUAAAAUGUUUGAAAUUUUGAAAAAAAAAUAAAUUUUUGAUUUUUUUAAAUUCCACGUGACCUAACCUAAUUUUUUUUUCUCAAAAAAAAAAAAAAAAAAAAACAAGGCCAUCCAAAAAUCCCCCAGACAUUCCCGACUCCAAAUUCGACUGGAAAAUGGGAUCUCCUCUAUUUCUCCUACUGUAUUCUAGUUAGUUGGCGCCAAUUAGUGAGAUUUCUCAAGAUUUUUUGACAGUAUUAUUUUUGAGAUUUUUUCAGAUUGAAUGCUUGUGA